AUGCCACUGCACCCAUGUGAUAGCAUGCUGGAGAAUAGGGUUGGGCUCGAUGUUCGAGCCGAGCGAUUUAAUACCUAUUUCCACAUGUUGCUCAGGGAGAAGUUCCGGAAUUGUUGCAAUGCCUCCUACUCAAUGACUGUGACACAGGAGAACUCUCCGCUAGGACAUAUCAUUCAUUAUGAUGCACAAAAACGAUCUGCAAAUGUCACAGAGACGCUUCACAGCCUCUUCCCAAAGAAGUCUCAUUUCGAGAAACCACUAAAAGACUGCGCUGUGGUGGGUAAUGGUGGAAUUUUAAACAACAGCUAUUGCGGCAUUGAGAUUGACCGGGCUGACUUUGUGAUCAGGUUAAAUUUGCCUCCGCUGUACUCGGUGGAUGAUGUGGGGACAAAGACCGAUCUUGUCACGGCAAACCCAAGCAUCCUAAUUAACAAGUUCAGGAGUCUCAGGGAGCAGAGGAAACCAUUUAUCACGAUGAUGAAGGAGUAUGGCUCCUCCUUGAUCCUCCUACCAGCUUUCUCAUUUUCGAUGAACACAGAGGUCUCUUAUCGGGCGCUUUACACUAUUGAAGACUUCGGUAUGAACAGCACAGUUGUUUUCUUUAACCCGGACUACCUCCGGCAACUGCAUGCUUACUGGAGAGGUAUGGGGCUCAAGUUUCGGAGAUUGUCUUCUGGCCUCAUGUUGGUGAGCGUGGCAGCCGAGGUGUGUGAGAACGUGACGCUCUAUGGAUUCUGGCCCUUUUCUGAAGACCUUGAUGGAGUUUGGAUCCCCCAUCACUAUUAUGACAAUGUUCUUCCGAAAUCUGGAUUUCACGGAAUGUCCGAUGAAUUUCAUUGGUACCUAAAAAUGCAUGCUAAAGGGUCUCUGCGGCUGAACCUGGGACAGUGCUAA